AUGGAUAAUAGCAGUAAAGACAGAUUUCCUACUACUUUUGCAAAUAAUUCAAACCUUGAAAACAGAGGCUCAUCCUACGAUUAUUUAGAUAAUAGUACAAAUCGAAAGAAAUAGCUUAAUAAUGAUCUUUAUACUCCAUUAAUAGAACACUAGAUUAGAUAAAGAAGUGGUCUGACAGUGAUAGGAGCUGUUCGAUCAUAUAUUUCAACUAUUAUCGGUGCAGGAAUAGUCUCACUUCCCUAUGUAAUUCUUAAAGCUGGCUACUUAUUCGGUAUUUUCCUUCACAUAACAGUAAUAAUGAUACUUAUGUUUGUGACCCACUUGCUCUUAAAAGCUAGACAAAAUCUUGGGCUAGAAUCUUUCGGUGAGAUAGCUUACAUAUGUCUUGGAAGGCCUUCAAUCUUCAUUAUUAAUUUUGUUAUCACAGCAGCUACUUCAUUGAUUGUUACCAUGUAUGCCUUGCUUUUCAGCAAGAUUUGUGUUUCAUUUGCUCAGAGUUUAUUUGGAGAUACAUCAAACAGCGAUAAUCCAUUUGAACAGAUGAUCACUAUGAGAUUUUUCUACGUAAUUUUGCUUUACAUUAUUCUGAUGCCGUUUGUUUUGAAAAAGAAUUUCAAGGAACUUAAACUGACUAGCAUAUUGCUUAUCGUUGGAGUCAUUUCCAUGCUUUUAAUAUUCUUUGCCAAAGCUAACUUCAAGUCCUACUUUAUAAAUGAGAACGAUAAGAAAGUAGAUAUCUAUUAGAAGGGCAGUAUUGUAGAUUCUAUAUUCAUAGUUCUGACUGCUUAUGGAUAUAUACUCAACUACUAUCCUAUUUUCUCCUAACUUGAAGUGAAGACUAACAAGAAUGGCUACUUAUCUCCAUUAUUGGCUAUGAUAUUUUGCUUUAUAACCUACCUAUCUUUUUCAUAUUUCGCCAUGGAAACAUACGGUGAGUAUCUAAAUCCAAAUAUAUUUGAGAAUAUUUAAGUUGAGAGCAAUAUACCAUCAUAUUUCAUUAGAUUGAUAUUCCUAGCUAUCUUUAUUUGCAACAUUCCUUUCAUAUUCCUCCCUGGCAAAGAGUGUUUGCUAAUGUCUAUCGAUGAAGGCAGAAAUAAAACUAUUUCAAAGUAAAUUGAAAGAAGGAUUGAAAUUUUGAAAGGUGAUAAUUAGAGUCACAACAAGAGCAAAAAUGAUGAGGAUCUUAACGGAGCUUUGAUAUCUUAAAGAGUUUCAAACACGAUUUAUUAUUCACAAAGUGUUGGCUUAUUUACUUUGUAGCUAUUGCUUGCAGUAUUAAUUGAGGAUAUUACAAUUAUUUUUGGAUUUUUUGCAGCAUUAUCUGAUUCUACCACUAACUUCAUUCUCCCAGGGCUCUUCUAUAUAAUUAGCUUUAGAGUUGCUGGCAAGCAGCCUCAUACUCUUACAUUAAUAGCAAGUUAUCUCUGGGUAUUAGCAGGUUUAAGCCUUUUCUUCUUUGCUAACUAUAAUAACAUCAGAAAAAUAACAACUUCCGCAAUCUGA